AUGUCGAACAACGAUCUUCAGGCUCUGUUCGCCAACAUCCGACCUCGGUCGCAAGGCCCAGCGAGCUCUGAUGGCAAUCCGGCUGCUCGAGCUACCACCUCUGCCCAACCGUCGGCUACUACAGCUUUCGGUUUCUCGUCCCCACCGCCCUUCUCGGCUGUCAACCCUGCGCACAUGCCAAACAGUCCCCCAAGUAAUACGAACACGUCGACAACCUCAAACGCUGCCUCAGCGCAGUCAUUGCUCAAUCUUCUCAAUUUCGGCACCGCCUCAUUGCCAGCUGCCGCAGCACCACUCGCUUCGCCUCCAAUUCAGAACAAUACCACGGAAAAGCAGGGUUCUGCGCCAAAUGUUUCAGCAUCAGAUCUCGUCGCCAGAUUCAUGAGCCCUCCGGCUGUACCGCAGUCUGCCCCACGACCAACAAAUGGCGAAGAUCACGGCGGUGGCCAAUCUGAAGAAGUACAGGAAGGCACAGACUCGGCCCAGAAUGCUCUCCUGAAGCUCUUGAGCAAGAGCAAGUCUUCGCAGUCGUCUCGUGCUGGCUCGGCUGAGCUCGCAAGGCCUGCUCCAGCCCAGCAAGUUGCAGAUACCGCUGAAGCUACCCCAUCACAGUCAUCUGCGGCCGAGCAGGCAUCAUCCGAACAACCGAAGAAGAUCUUCACAUACACGAAUCCUUUCGAAGCUCUCCAGGCUUCUCGCAAUGCUGGCUCAGUCGGUGGUACACCUCAGCCUAAACCAUCUGCUUCGGCAAGCUUUUCCACCCCCGUAGCUGACCGCACCGCCUCUCCUUCCGGCUCGUCCCAACGCAAGAAGCUCACACCCCGCUCUACAUCGGCGAAGGUGGAACGCCUUGCCCGCGAGAACUCAGUGAGGUCCAAUGGCACCCCGGAGCCCGUGAUUCAAGAAAAUGAGGAAAACAACACGCAGAACGAGCUUCCAAUCCGCUCUACGAGUACGACAAAAGCCGCGCAUGCUGCACACAACCACACCUCUAGGGAGCCGGUCUUACAGACAACCACUGACCUUGCCCGAACCUCUGAUGAAGCCCUCAGUAUGCAUGAGAAGGCUGCUGUGGCUUCUGCUGAGAUCGGGUGGGAUGCCGAGGCCAAGGAGAGCCCGACUGGCGCCGCCGAUGAGUGGGAGGAUGCAGAAGAGUCGCCGAGCCCGCCGGAUGAAACCCGCAAGGUUCCGGUCUACAAUUUUCCUAUCCGUCCCUUCAUUUCCAUUAGCCUGCAGUUCGACGAUAUCUCGAGUGUCGGGAUUCGUGAAAACGGUGUCAUGGAGAUCUCUCGACUUAGGAAGGAUUUCGACCAGCUUGACCGAUCUCUCGCUGCUGCCACCUCCAAGUACAUUGCAUAUGCCUUGACAAAGAAUGGCGGUAUGCGCAUCAUCAGACAAGACGAUGGGCGUGAUCGUCAAGUUUUCAAGCAUUCUCAUGAUCGAGUCUUCAACGUUGCCUUCUGCACCACCGCAAUGAGUGCUCCUCCAUCCGGGCAUCAAGCUAUCCUUGGUACCGGUGUCAGUGGCACGGUCUACUAUGCUACAGUCUCGAAAGAGGGCAAUGAUUUGUUCGAGAAGAACGAGCUUGACUCGGAGGCCCUGUCGUUUCCUCCAUGGCCCCCCGCUGAUGAGAAUUCAGCUGGUGGGGUCCUCAAGACUCGAGCUAAGCGAAGCUCUCGACAUCCUGAGUACUUUGCUAUAGGUCGGGGUAAAUCCAUUCACAUCAUCUGGCCAGAAACAACCGUGUUUGCGAAGUAUGGCAUCACUGAGUCAGAUCGUGAGGUCGACAUGGAAAAGCUGUACCAGGAACGCAACCUUCAAAUUGCCACUGGUAAGGCUGGGAAAGAUUUCGUUUUUAGCGAGGAUGAUUCAAUGAUCAUCUCACUCGACAAGACUGGCAGGCUUCGCUUCUGGGACAUUCGCCCUCUGACGGACGAGACAAAUGCGACUGCUGGCAGAGUUCCACCCAUCAAAAUUGAUACUCCUCUUCUGUCGCUCUCAACUGCCUCGCCUGCUGAAAAGUCCUGGCCAACUUCGGUUCUGAUGGUUGAUAAAUCACGUCCGUACUCGAAGGGCGGUGCGCAGCGGUACGUCUUAGUCGGUCUUCGACAGAACCAUACGCUACAGCUCUGGGAUAUUGCACUGGGCAAGGCAGUUCAAGAGGUCAACUUUCCUCACGAGAACGAGACAGACGGCGUCUGCAGUGUCAACUACCAUCCAGGCAGUGGUAUCAUCGUGGUUGGUCACCCGACCCGUAACUCCAUCUUCUUCAUUCACCUGUCGGCGCCUCGCUACACUCUAAGCUCGUCAAUCGACCAAGCCAGUUACGUCCAGCUCAUUGCUGCGAAGGAUCCUGAUGUACCCAAGCCUGACUCGACUGCGUGCAUGAGCGGCAUCCGCGAGAUCUCCUUCGCAUCCAAGGGUCAGCUCCGCAGCGUCGAGCUCUUGCCGCUUCACAAAUCUAAGAGUGGCAGUGCCGAGAAAGUGGUCACGGACCCUCUUUUCGAGCUUUACGCCGUCCACUCCAAGGGAGUCACAUGUUUGACUAUCACUAAAGAGGAUCUGGGCUGGGAUGCCGGUAGCAAAGUUAUUGAUGGCGUUGACGCGGUCAAGGCUGGUAUCGUGACGAUGAAGGAGCUCAAGCUCGGCGGAGUUAUUGAAGAGGCGGCUCGUAUCCAAAGCCCACCCGAGGAGCCAUCUUCGAGCGGCGGCAAGUCGAAGAAAAAAUCCAAGAAAGCUCAAAAAGCUGCAGAGCAGGUCCAGCCUGUGGCACCUGAGGUUGUGGAGCCCGCACCCCAGCCACCUGUCGCUGAAGCGGCUAACGGCAGCACGGCACCAUCUGAGCCCCUCGACGGAGAUCUGCUUCUGCCCAAGGAAACCAAGAAGAGCAAGAAAAAGGCAGCACAGGACCUUGCACAAGCCAAGGAUGUGUCGCGUACCGCAUCUCCCGCUCGACCCGAAGCUACCGGGACCACAGUUCCUGAAGAACCUGUGCCGGCCCCUGCUCCGGUUCAGUCAGUUGAAACUACCGCCAAAGAACCCGUUCCCGAACAAGUGUCGAUAGGAAUAUCUGGAGACUGGCUCGACAAGGAGAUGAAGAAGCUUGAGAAAGCUGUAUCGAAGGAGUUCAAGAAAGAGAUGGGCUCGUUGUACACGAACAUACAGAACGACAGGCUCGUGCAGGACUCAACCGCCAGUGCUCGACAGGAGGCGGUACUUCGCUUGGUGUCACAAACGUUGACCAAUAACGUUGAGAAGAGUAUCGCGAAUAUUGUCAGCGCUCAGAUCCAGCAAGUUGUCUUGCCUGCUAUUACUAGCGUCACCUCGCAGGCUAUCCAGACACAUGUUGGUGAUGCUGUGGCUCGCACGAUGCAGCAACUGAUGGGCCCGGAGCUCGGCAAACACAUCCCAUCUGCCGUCCAGACUGUUCUGACCAGCACACAAUUUGCCCGUUCAGUCCAAGAAUCGGUUUCUCAAAAGCUUACCAAGCAGUUAGACGGCCAUAUUGCCGAUGCCAUCAGCCGCAACGUCAGCGGCUCGCUGGUCACUGCUGCGGAGCAAGCCGCCGCUGAAGUCGAAGGACGGAUGAGCGCUCAGUUCCGCAAAUUGGACGAGGAGCGGCGUCGCGACACGGCGAGACUCGAAAAGCUAGGUGCCAUUGUCUCUGGUAUGGCUGAGACGCUGAGAACAAUGUCGGACACACAAGUCAACUUCCAGAGUCAGAUACUCCGAGACCGCCAGCAGCUGGCGCAAUACGCAGCGCCCGGCGCGUCGCAGCAGAUGUCGACCGCACAGAUGACACCUUCUCCUGCACCAAUUGCUCGACCCCUUGCCAUGAAGCCCAAGUCACAACGGGAGCUUGAGCAAGAUGACAUUGCAAGCAUGAUGAAGAGUGGUCGAUAUGAGGACGCGUCCAUCAAAUGGUUGAACUCGGAAUACCAAGCUCAACUGUUUGAUAACUUGUUCAUCCGCUUUACUCCAGAGUAUCUCUCCACGGAUGUCUCGGCGCUCGUGGCGUUCUCCAUUGCCGUCACUGUCUCGAAGAGUAUGGAGAAUAAUCUUGAGAGAAGACUGGAGUGGAUCAAUGCAGCUCUCGAUGCUGUUGAUUUCAAUGAUCGCGAGAUUGCUGAGCUAGCUAGUCAUGCUCCACAGCUAGUUGACAGCAUUAUUAGUAAGGUAGAAGCGCUUUAUAUGAGACUGUCUGAGGAGGAUGCGGCAAACGCGAUCAUCAGGCUCAUCCCGCCCGUUGCCCGCAAGGCGAGGAAUUUGAGGGCGGCACUGGCACCUGCAACUCACUAG